GCUAAAAUGAGAACACUGAAGUUUUUUUUUUCCUUCUUGUGGUGGCCAUGUCACGCCAAAGGUAUUCCGGAGUUAUAAUUAAAUUAUAAUAUUAAGAAAUAACUAACAACAAGAAGGCAAAAAACAACUGGUUAGUGAUUUUUAAUGAAGGCAGCAACACCACCCAAUUUCAUCACCCAAUUUCAUCUCGUAUGGUUCUGUGCUGUCUACUUUCUUGCAUUCCGGAAAUAUAGAUGGAAGGACCAUCUAUGGAUUUGAGGGUGUGAAAGGAGAGAUUAGUUUGUGAGUGUGCAACAAGAGUAGAGUUGAAUUUUUGGGUGUGAUUGAAAAAGAGAGACACAUUUGUGGGUGAAUUUUUUUGGUUCCAUAGGGGGCAGCAUGACAUCCAUUAGGCUGCUGCUCCCUCUUCAAAUCACUACAUGUCUGUGCACAGCAUGCCCCUCCUCAUCCUCAUCCUUAUCCUCAUCUCCUCCUUUAUCUGGGUUAAUACCCCCUCUUAAGAACACCCCUUCAUUAUUCCUGAAGGGUUCUUCAAUAAACACCCACAAGCCUUAUAAGGGACUGUGUUUUAUGAACUCUACUCCAGUGGGCGCGCCAAUGCAAUGGAAGAAACCCAAAGGAGAAGAGGAUGGCUCAACAAUGUCAAGGAGUGUCGGCUUGGAUGAAGAGAUUCCUAAGGAGACGGAUACAGGUGGUGCCGGUACGGCUGUAUUGGUUCCCGAGUACAAACCAAUUCCAGACUUGGACUAUUUGCAGGAGCUAUUGGCCAUUCAACAACAAGGACCGAGGGCCAUAGGUUUCUUUGGGACAAGAAAUAUGGGUUAUAUGCAUCAACAACUUAUUGAGAUUCUAAGCUAUGCCAUGGUUAUCACGAAAAAUCACAUCUAUACUUCAGGAGCUUCAGGAACCAAUGCAGCUGUUAUUCGGGGAGCUUUAAGAGCUGAGAAACCAGACUUAUUAACUGUCAUUUUACCUCAAAGUUUGACGAAGCAGUCACCAGAGAGCCAAGAACUUUUAUCUAAGGUGAAAAAUGUUUUCGAAAAGCCUUAUAAUGAUCAUUUGCCUUUAAUUGAAGCAAGCAGGUUGUGUAACAUGGAUAUUAUUUCACAUGUCCAGCAAGUAAUAUGCUUUGCUUUUCAUGACAGUAGGCUUCUUCUUGAGACAUGCCAAGAGGCUAAGAAUCAGCACGGCAUCAUAGUUUUCUGUUACAUCAUGAUGGACACUAUUCUCAAGAUUAUGGUGGUGGAGAUUUCUAGAGCAUCUAUAUUUGAAGUCAAUAAGGUCUCUAUAAGAAAUUCAUCUCGGGACAUGGCAUGCUUCGGAUUGUGUUGAACCGUAACUCGUAUGAAUUGCUGCAUCUUAUUCUAAAGUGGAAACAUGAAUUGAAAUGAAACUGAAUUCGAGCCUCACUAGAAUAUUCUUUAGUAUUGGUCUUCAACCAGACAAAGUAUUACUCUUUUUUUUUUUUUCUCAUAAAUUGAUUUUGGUGAAGAAAUUGAUUGUUUUAUUCAUUUGGCAUUUCUUAAGAUUUGAUAUAAAUAUGAAUCAUAUUUCAAGUUUUA